AUGGGAGGAAAGAAAUCAAAAGUUGUUAACAAACCUACAUCACCUCCCCUGCCUACUAUUCUUCUGUUGGGAUUUGAAGGAAGUGGCAAAACAGUCUUCAUACGCUCACUUGCAAGUUACACACAACAAGAUAUUUACAAAUCGGAAAAGUUGGAAAUUCUAAUAACAAAUCGUUGCAUUGAUGCAUUUGCAAGUUUAUUGAAUGAAAUGAAUGAUCAGGUGAGAGAGGAAGUGUUUAGAAUUAGUUCGGAUGAUAGUUUGGAAAUUCAAAAUGUGAAAAAAGUACUCGGCUCUCCUACUCCCAACGUAACAUGGUUUAAUAUAUUGAAAGGAUUUUCGGAUAAUUACUUAUUAUUUGUGGAGUUGUGGAAGAGUACUGUGCAAGUUAGAGAAUUUGCAAAGGAAAGAAUAUUUAGUAAUAGUCACAAUAACUGGACGAAUUUUGCAAAUUAUGACAAGUUUUUCUCAUUACUUGAUAGAGGAAGAAUUUCUACUGAUCUACUGAAAUAUAUGUCCCAAAAAAGAGAGCGAAUUUCAGAUUUAAAGAUCAACCCAACUGGUGAAGUAUAUAAUUUGGUUGAUGUAAAGAAUCGGCUGUCUUCAGUCACAGAGAAUAGAUGGAGGAGGUUUUCAGAGUUGGCUCAAACAGCAAGAUUUGGACCAAAGACUGCUUUGAUGAGGGUUUUAAUGAAAUGCACGAAUCAAUUGAGUUAUUUAAAGAGAUUUUAA